AUGGCUUCUGAGGAAUGCAUUUUUCUAGAUGUGGAAUUGGAUGACUUCAUUCUUUGUAACGGCUCUGCUGUUCAACAUGCGAACCUCUCCUUCUUGAAUGAAGACUUAUUUUACUAUAGAUUCUUGUAUGCAAUUCCAACGAUUUAUGGGAUCAUCAUUUUGAUAGGGCUUGUUGGCAACAUAACACUGAUAAAAAUCUUCUGUACAGUGAAGUCCAUGAGAAAUGUCCCUAACUUGUUCAUUUCCAGUUUGGCCAUUGGUGACUUGCUUCUCUUGCUCACCUGCGUUCCUGUGGAUGCCAGCAGAUACCUGUCUCCUGAGUGGCUGUUUGGUCGGGUUGGAUGCAAACUGAUCCCUUUCAUCCAGCUCACUUCAGUGGGGGUGUCAGUCUUCACACUCAUGGCUCUGUCUGCAGACAGGUAUAAAGCCAUAGUGAGACCCAUGGACAUCCAAGCCUCUCAUGCUCUACUGAAGAUUUGUUUGAAAGCUGUCAUGAUCUGGAUUUUAUCCAUGCUGCUGGCCAUUCCUGAGGCUGUGUUUUCAGACUUGCGCCCUUUCUAUGACAAGGGCACUAAUAAAACAUUCAUUAGUUGUACACCUUACCCACUUACCAAUGAGCUGCAUCCAAAAAUUCAGUCAAUGGCUUCCUUUCUGAUAUUUUAUAUCAUUCCUCUCUCUGUUAUUUCAGUUUACUAUUAUUUCAUUGCUAAAAAUCUGAUACGGAGUGCUUACAAUCUACCAGUGGAAGGAAAUGUGCAUGUCAGAAAACAGAUGGAAUCCCGGAAACGUCUCGCCAAGACAGUGCUGGUUUUUGUUUGCAUCUUCGCUUUCUGUUGGCUCCCCAACCAUAUCAUCUACUUAUAUCGGUCAUACCACUAUUCAGAGGUGGACACUUCCGUUCUGCAUUUUAUCACCUCUCUCUGUGCUCGAAUCCUGGCUUUUGCUAACUCUUGCAUAAACCCUUUCGCACUCUACCUGCUCAGCAAAAGUUUUAGGAAACAGUUUAAUCAUCAGCUGACGUGUUGCAAAGCCCGUGUUCUCAUUAGGUCCCAGAGCAUGGGCAGAAGCACCACACGGAUGACAUCUCUCAAGAGCACCAACCAAUCAAUGGUCGCUUUCAGCUUCAUCAACGGCAACCACCACUGCCAUGAGGGCUAUGUAUAG